AUGUGCAAGAAACUCUUCGAACUCCGGCGCUGCCUCUCCACUGCCAACGGCGGCUGCGACAAGUACUGGGCCGAGAUCAUCGGCCACGAAGGCUGCGGCGGCGGCUCCCACGGCGGCAUGCCCCAAGCCGACUGCCGCUGCGCCUGGGCCGGCUUCGAGAGCCUCGUCAGCACCCAGGUCAACCGCCACGAGUUCUACAUCCGCCGCGCCAUAAUCUGCCCCCGCUGCCUGCACCGCCAGGACCUCGACCGGCUGCGCGCCGAGGCCGAGCGCGAGCAACGAGGUGAGUUCUCCGAGAGCAUGCGCUCCACCAUGUCCACCGCCGAGAGGAACCACGCCCUGCAGAUGACCGAGCUGGAGAACAAGGUGUACUACGGCCUCUGGGACGCCGUCCACAACCUCACCGGCGGCCUGGCCCGCCACGCCGACACCGUCUGGGAGGGCAUCGAGACGGCGCUGUACGGCCACUUCGGCGUCACGGGGCUGGCGCAGACUCCGGUCCAGGGCCUGGUUGCGACUCUGCAGGACGCCAAGAAAAGCCUGGUCGAUCACGUCAAGAAGACCACGCGGGAGAUGGCGACCGGGCUCGUUGGGUCGAGGGAUACCCGCGAGGUCGACGAGGAGGAUAAGAGGUUCGAGGAGAAGGAGAAUGAAAAGCGGCAGGAGGCAAUGUUGAGGGCCGUUGAGGCUGCCGAGGCCGCUCAUCGCGAGGCUGCUUCUGGUACCCCGAACGCCCCGAACGCCCCGUCGCAACUCCCGUCGCCUAUGCCGGACCGGGUGCAAUCUGACAUACGGUUCGCGUCCCCGAUGAGUGAGUGA